AUGGCAGCAUGGAUGCCGCAGAUGAGCCUGUUCCACACGUCGGAGCGGCGGGCGGGACGACGACGGCGGCGGUUCAGCAACGUGCGGGCAGCCGAGAUGGGUCUCGUGGACGAGGACGCGAUCUCGCGGUUCUCCAAGGAGUAUUUCCCGUCGUAUUCGACGGAAGACAAGGAGGCGCUGCGCGACAAGUACACGGCAGCACAGCUAGCGGCGGUGGAGGCAGGCGAGGCGGCGGUGGACGUGCGGGACCUGACGGUGCAGGGCCGGCUGCGGACGGACGGCAAGACGACGGGACUGCAGUACGUGGAGGACUUCAGCCAGGUGCAGCCGGUGAUUGACAAGCGGGCGCGGACAGACGCGGCAGAAGCAGAGAAGCCAGCAGUGACGUCGGCAGCAGCGGCAGCGAUCGGCAGUCGAUUCAUGGGCGAGGAGGCCUUUGGACUGGACCUGAUGCGAUGGCUCGAGUCGUUUGUGCCGACAGACGUGAACCUGGCCGGGCUGACGGACGAGCAGCUGCGGGCCGUGGCAGAAGAGCACGGGCCCAAGGACGAGGACCUGAUGCGCUGGUGGUUCGACCGACCGGCACUGGUGCAGCGAGACGGCCGGACGCCGGUGCCGGCCGGCGCAACGGGCGGCUGGGGUUUGGCGCCGUCGCUCGGGACACGGCUCCCCGGCGUGACGGAACACUAUCAGCGGCAGGAGGACCCCGAGGAUGAGGGCCUGGAUGAGGCGGGCGACUACCGCGAGCUCAAGCGACAAACUGGACUGCAGGUGCAGGAGAUGAUGAAGCUGGCCGUCAAGACACUCGUGAUUCGUCACGUGCACAACCAGACGCGUCUCGGCAAAGUUCGCAGCGUCUCGGUUAUGGUCAUUGCUGGCAACGGCGAGGGCCGUCUGGGCCUCGGCAUGGCCAAGGCCAAGGAACUGCCACUGGCCACCAGCAAGGCCAAGGUCAUGGCCGUCCGCAACAUGCUGCCGGUGCCGCGCUAUGAGAACCGCACCGUCUUCGGCACCGUCCAGGCCAAGGUCGGCGGUACCGUCGUCCAGCUGUCAGCUCGGCCGCCUGGCUUCGGCCUGCGCGUCCCUCAUCGCAUCUUUGAGAUGGCCCGCGCUGUCGGCAUCACCGAUCUGGCCGCCAGCAUCCCGCGCUCGCGCAACCCCAUGAACACGGUCAAGGCUGCCUACCAGGCCCUUAUGCAGCAGCCCAACCCCGAGGAUAUUGCCAUUGGUCGCGGCAAGAAGCUGGUCGACGUCCGCAAGGUCUACUAUGGGGGUGCUGUCUAUUAG